AUGCCCCCCUCCUCUCCUCUAGCCCUCAAGGCACAGUUCUACGUCAUUCGCCCAAAUGGCAGCUUCGUUCCUUUGAUCGCCAUGGAUGAACUUCCAACCACCGUCCUCGUUGGCGAUGUGCCCCGAAUCCUCGAGCCGAGAGCCACAUAUGGCCUCCACAACGUAGGCGAGCAUGAGAGCCGUCAUAUGCACCAUGCUGUCGAAAUCGCUGGUAGCGCGCGUCCUCCCACCCGCAUCGAGCCUCUCACCACGACUAUCCCUACGUCCGAUCGAUCUCUCCUGGCUAGCAAGCAUGCCUGUGCCGGUCCCACUCUCGAACAUGGAUUACCUGCGCCGCCCGAAGCUUACGGCAUCGAAGAGUACUCACAUUCUGCUGCCACCACGCCAACUCUCGGCCAGACUGCCCUCGUGCGUGUCGAUCGGAAGGCCACUCCAGUUGCGCAGGCCGGUCCCGACAGUUCACUUGCUCUCACACCUCAAUCUCCAGCUUCCACCGCCAUGAGUAGUCAUGCCAGUCUUCCAAAGGUAAACGGCGUCAAGGAAUACUGCAGUUACUGGCUGCGGCACGGUGAGUGUGACUAUGCGCAGCAGGGCUGCUUGUACAAGCAUGAGAUGCCCACCGAUCCCGAGGCUCUUGCACGCUGUGGGUUGCGCGAUAUCCCUCGCUGGUAUCGUGAGAGCGGCAAGUACGGAAGUCUCCUGGCGGUACCCGGAAGCGGUGCCGCUGGUGGGCCUGCGAACAUCGAGAAGAAGGUGGAGAUGGAUUCAAACUGGCGGCCCAUGUCGGAAAAGAAGGCGCCGACUGUCAGUGAGGUUGCCAGGACUCCUGUGGCACGCACGAAGACAGGCAUCACAACCGUCGCCGGCACGGGUAUUCGUACCUCUGCAACAAAUAUGACGACCAAGGUCAAUAGCAGCAACGACCCCAACGCUACCCUCAAGGCCCACCACAACAUCUCCACAAGCAAUACCAAGCCCCGCAAGGUCGAGCCCUACCUCAAUUUGGAACAGCGCGUGGCCAUGAACGCCAUCGAGCAGCUGCAAAAGUCUGAAACCUUGGAGGCCAGCCGUAGGGCCAAGCUCCAGGCUCGCUCCCAUACCACCUCUGCAUCACCUAGCACUGUCCAAGCCGCCGAUGCCAAGCCUCAAUCAACAUUCAGCCUCAUCGACGCCAGCGACUCCGAGAGCGGCAGUGGAGGUCGAAGCCCUGGAAUAAAUACACCCGUCACAAGCACCAGUAGCGAGUCUGAUAAUGAUGCGAAGGAGGGCCGCGAGACCAGCACGAGAGCUAGUAGCAAUGGCCUGCGUCAAGCUCCAACGAACCCCGGCCCAGCGGGGAAUUCUCAACGCUUGCCUGUCAGUGUCGUUACCAAUCCCACCGUUGCUCAAAAGGGUAAGGUGGACGAGGUCGUCCACCGCGGAACGAAGGAGAAGUGCAGCAGCAGCAAUGUCACCACCAACAAGAAGAAGACAAACAUUCUCCGGCGCCGGAAUGGGCAUGGGCAGCAAGCUGGUGCGGGAAGAAGAGUGCGCAAGGACAGCAACGGCAGUGGUGAAAGCGGAAUCGAAACCGAGCAGGCGACUGAUCUUUUUGAAGGCUUCGGGUUUGGCAACGGCAACGGCACAGGCCCAGGCACAGGCGAGUUGAGAAAUGCUAUCGAUAUCGAUCAGCAGCAGGCGGUGCUUAUGGGCGUGCCGGCGUGGCGGGCUGGCGGGUAUGAUCACGAUGACUGA